UGGUUUGUCUUCACUAUUAUCUCACUUAAGACAUCACUUCUUACGGUGAAGACAAUAGCCGUUGACUUCAACCGUACAGACAUUUACGAUAAGAUCACUCGCGAGCUGAGUGGUGUGGAAGUGGUGGAUGUGUUGGUGAAUAACGUGGGGACAGUGUAUCACAUCCCCGAAUAUUUCCUCAAAAUUGGUCCCAAAUAUAAUGACCAGUAUUUGAACGUUAAUGUGAUCUCUGCCGUCAAAAUGAUUGAAAUAGUUUUGCCACAAAUGUGUCGAAACCAAAGAGGAAUCAUAAUAAACGUCUCGUCACAGGCCUCUGAAUCACCCAUUCCUAUGUAUACCACGUACAGCGCCAGCAAAGCGUUUGUCACAUUUCUAUCGGAAGGCCUUUCCGUAGAGUACGAGUCGAAAGGCGUUUACAUGCAGACAGUGGUCCCAAACCAAGUGCACACCAAACUGACAACCAAUGUGUCCGUCCCACUCAUCUCUGUGUCCGCCGAAGACUAUGUGUCGGCCGCCAUCCAGACGGUCGGUGUAGAGCACUAUACAUACGGCCAUUGGAAGCACAAACUGUUGGCUUAUUUGGCCGAUUGGGUCCUAUAUGUGAUUGGGAGACGACUUUACAUGAAGGUAGCUAUGAAUGGGACGCAACCCAUGAGACGGAAAUAUUACACACAAAACAAUAUGAGUGACGAUUAGUGGUGAAAGAAUUGAUACAAAACUCAAUCACUGAUACUCAGAAGCCAAAUAUUUGUAUGUUUAUUAUUUUAUUGUCUUAUAAUGGCAAUUUGCCACAAUUUUUUAUGACAUAAUUUUGUACUCUCGGUUAUAAUGGAUUUUGAUUAAAAUAAAUUAUUUUUUAUAUUAAAUA